AACCUUCCAUUUUUGUUUCCAUAACGUGUAAUGUUAUCACAUGUUAUGAAAUUUUGUGCUAAAAAUUAAACUAAAGGAUAUAAGAAUUAACAAACGAUAAACCUGUUCUGAAUACUUGGUGCCCUUUAAGUUUUAGAGAGAAAAGGAAAAACACAUUAUACUUUUAAAAGAAGAAAGAAAAAAAUACGACACAACAUGGAACAGAACUUAAAGUCUAAAAUCGACCAAGCAUGCAGAACUGCAGAAGAGUUUACGAAACUAUAUUAUGAGAAUCUAGACAAGCGGAGAUAUUUGCUUUCAAGAAUGUACAUGGAUACCGCAAAUCUAAUAUGGAAUGGUAAUGGAGUUGAAGGCAAAGAGAAUAUUCAAAAGUUCUGGACAGAUCUGCCAACGUCAGUACAUAAUAUUCUUACUCUUGAUGCUCAGCCAAUCACAGGCUUAGAAGCAGCUACUCAACUAACAUUCCUAAUCAAAGUUGGCGGACAAGUAAAAUACGAGGAGAAAAACGCCAGGACAUUCAAUCAAACUUUCCUAAUCACGGCUGUGGGUGAUAAAUGGAAAAUUGUGAGUGACUGUUUUCGAACGCAAGAAGUAAUGGAGAAUACGAGUUAACAAUGAGCCAGCUACAUGGACAUAACUGACAUGUGAUACAACGUAAAACUACGUUAUAUUGUAGUUACUUUAGUAUAUAAUAUAAUGGUAACUGUAAACAAAAGAUAUUAGAUAUAUAUUGUAAUAUGUAUUUAUAAUAAAUACAUAAGUUGUAAAAAGCCAAUUAUAGUAUACAAUAGUGCAAAUAGCAGUAAAGUACAAUAUUAACAGCACUGUUCAGGACGAUGCUAUCGGUUGCUCAAACUAAGAGAAACAACUUAAUUUGGUAAUUAUUUUUAUUUUCAUUUUCAAUCUUAUCAAUAUCAAUGUAUAAAGCAAUAUUAAAAUUUUGUAUUAGUGGAUCAGUACGUUGGUCUCGAUUCUUUAGGAGAGAGUAAUUUUACACGGAAAAAAAUUAGAAAUAAAUACAUACAUAUAAAUAGAGACGUAAAAUUACUAUAAUACAUAUUAUAUAAAACACAUAAAAUUUUUUGUAUCUCUUUCGACAAUACAAUUUGUUCCGAAUAAACGUCUGGCGACUAAAAUUCACUCGUACAAACUAUUACCAUUCCUGUUGAGCAUGAUUCUUUUGAUAAAGAGAAGAACAUAAAGAGAGGGUGGGAUCAAUUAGUUUAUCACAGGUACAAAAAAAUAUAAGAAAAAAAAUGAGAGGUUGGACCGAAAGAUACAUUUACAUGAUUAUGAUCACUAAUGAAUUCAAUAUUACUACUAGCCGUAAUGUAUAUGAUAUAGGCAGUGUAAGAAAUAGUUCGUCGGUGACUCAUCUCUCUAUUGCAUUCUCCUUAGUGUCAAGCACAAGCCGAAUGAAGUAUAAGCCUGAAAACCUCCAUUUUAAAAAUCAGUUCGUCGGAGCACUAAUUGAAGCAAUAGUUCUACAAUCGACGUGUAUUACAAACUACAAAAAAACUUAGCUUACUCGUUCCCUUGCUACAGAAGUGCAUACGGUCGACGUUAGCACAUAUCUGCGUGGAACAUUUAUAUAACAUUAUCUCGCGUGUAUGUGUGUGUGUGUGUGUGUGUGUGUGUGUGUGGAU